AUGGAUGAAAAUAUACCAACUGCCAAUGCCACAGCCGAGAAGACCACUCUCGACACAGACCAAGCGCCUGCCAAAGAGCGCAAAACCAGAACGCUCUUCGUGCGAUCUCUACCCUCGACGGCAACAACAGAAUCAUUGACGGAAUAUUUUUCACAAUCCUACCCGCUAAAGCAUGCCACCGUUGUGCUUGAUCCGCAAACAAAACAAUCCAAGGGCUAUGGGUUCGUUACUUUUACAGACCAUGAAGAUGCUCAAUCGGCGGCCAAGGAAUUGAACAAUUCAGUGUUUGAAGGAAAGAAAAUAAAAAUUGAGUUCGCUGAGCCCCGUCAUCGGGAGAUAGAUGAAAAGGAAGGGAAGAGCGUGCCAUCUUCGGUGCCAUCAAAAGCAAAGGAGCUCAAAGAGAAACGAAGACUAGAGUCACUGCCUCCAAAACUUAUAAUACGAAAUUUACCGUGGAGUGUCACCGAGCCAGAGCAUUUGGAACAGCUAUUUAGGAGUUAUGGGAAGAUUAAACAUGCUAUUGUGCCGAGGAAAGGGUCGCGAGUAGCCGGCUUCGGAUUCGUGGUUAUGAGAGGGAGAAAAAAUGCGGAGCGGGCAAUUGAAGGUGUCAAUGGUAAGGAAGUUGAUGGACGGACUUUAGCUGUCGACUGGGCGGUUGACAAGAAUGAGUGGGAUAGUAUGAACAAUGCUGCGGAAGAGGCAGCUAGUAAUGAAGUGGCGGGAGAAAGUGAAGAGGCGGAUGAAAAAGAACAUCUUGAUGUUGUCGACGAUGGAGAGGACGAGGACGAGGAAGAUGGAGGAGUUGAACUCGGUGAUGAAGAUGAUGAAGACGACAUCUCCAUGGGUGAAGCUGAAGAUGAUGAUUUAGAAGAGGAAGAAGAAGAAGAAGAUAAAGAGGAUGAACGGAAUGCAUCGACAAUAUUUAUCCGCAACUUGCCUUUCUCUGCUACGGAUGAUACUCUUUACGAACACUUCUCCAAGUUUGGUUCUCUUCGUUACGCCAGGGUUGUACUUGACCCAGCAACCGAACGGCCAAAGGGUACGGCAUUCGUCUGUUUCUACAGAGUUGAAGACGCUGCAGCCUGCAUUCGUGGAGCACCCAGAGAGACAGACUCAGCUCGAAGCAAAGACCCUAGACAGAAAGCUGCUACGAGACAAAUGCACUCUGUACUUGAAGACGAGAAUAACGAUCCCACCGGGAGAUAUACGAUGGAUGGUCGUGUACUACAGGUGUCGCAAGCAGUGAGCCGAACAGAGGCCGGGAGGCUUGAGGAGGAAGGGAGCUCACGACGUGAAGCUCGAGACCACGACAAACGUCGACUAUUCCUACUUUCAGAGGGAACGAUUCCAUCCAACUCUCCAGCAUACGCUAAACUCUCUGAAACGGAGAGGAAGAUGAGAGAAGCCAGCGCUAAACAGCGACAAAAGCUUAUCAAGUCUAAUCCCAUGCUGCAUGUCAGUCUUACUCGACUAUCUGUCCGUAACUUACCACGGCAUAUCGACUCCAAGGCACUGAAAGCACUCGCACGUGAGGCCGUUGUUGGGUUUGCAAAGGACGUCAAGAAUGGACUUCGUAAACCAAUAUCAUGGGAGGAAUCUCGCCGAAGCGCCGCGUUGAUGAAGGAGGCUGAUCAUCUUCGAAAAAGCCAGAAGAAAGGAAUCGUCAAGCAGGCAAAAGUCGUUUUCGAAGGCAAGGAUGGCUCCAAGAUGAACGACAAGGCUGGAGCUGGCAGGAGUAGAGGCUAUGGCUUCAUCGAAUACGCCACGCACAGAAACAGUCUGAUGGGCCUUCGGUGGCUCAAUGGCCAUGCGAUUGAAUCACCGAAUGCUGACCCUGCAGAUAGAAAGAAGCGGCUCAUUGUCGAGUUUGCCCUUGAGAAUGCACAGGUUGUGAACAGGAGGCGAGAACGAGAAAUGAAUAUUCGAAAGGCUGCCCAGGCCAACGCUGAGGAUGGGCCCCAGCGUGGCGUCAAACGUAGCUUGGAUGAUAAGGGCGAGAAAGAGGCCAAGAGACCAAGGGGAGGGAAGGGACAUAGAAAGAGUCUCAAGAUGACCAACGGCAAAGGAGGAACAAAACCAGACGAGAAAUCCUCGGAUAAGGCCUCCUCUGCGGAGAAAGGGGCCAAGGAGGACAAGAACAAUGACAUUGCUAAGAGGAAUAGGAUCAUUGCCAAAAAGCGGAUGCUAAGGAAGAAUAGAAAAUGA